UUCUCUCUGUCCCUCCUUCUCCCCCUCCCCACCCUCUUUUCCCUCUAGUCUCUGCGCUAGCCGAGCCUAUGGUUGGCUUCCGAAAGCCACUCCGGAGAAUUCCGGAGACUUCCCCCGCACCCGCAGAGUUUGGGGGCUGGAAGAAUAAUGCAUGAGGUGUCCACGGAGGCUUCGAAGAUAUGGUGAUGGUUUGGGAAGUGGAGCUGAAGUCGGUGGGUCUUUGGUGAGAACUGACAGCUUAUCAUGACGGUGUUCAGGCAGGAGAACCUGGAUGACUACUAUGACACGGGGGAGGAGCUUGGCAGUGGACAGUUUGCAGUUGUGAAAAAAUGCCGUGAGAAAAGUACUGGUCUACAAUAUGCUGCUAAAUUCAUUAAGAAACGGAGGACUAAAUCCAGCCGGCGGGGAGUGAGUCGAGAAGAUAUUGAGCGAGAGGUUAACAUAUUGAAAGAGAUACAACAUCCGAAUGUGAUCACCCUACAUGAUGUUUAUGAGAACAAAACUGACGUCAUUCUUAUUUUGGAACUUGUUGCAGGUGGAGAACUCUUUGACUUUUUAGCUGAAAAAGAAUCUUUGACUGAAGAAGAAGCAACUGAAUUUCUCAAACAAAUCCUUAAUGGUGUUUACUACCUCCAUUCCCAGCACAUCGCUCACUUUGAUCUAAAGCCUGAAAACAUAAUGCUUCUGGAUAGGAAUGUCCCAAAACCUCGGAUCAAGAUAAUUGACUUUGGCUUGGCACACAAAAUUGACUUUGGAAAUGAAUUUAAAAAUAUCUUUGGGACCCCAGAGUUUGUUGCUCCUGAAAUAGUAAACUAUGAACCUCUUGGUCUUGAGGCAGAUAUGUGGAGCAUUGGUGUAAUAACCUACAUUCUUCUCAGUGGUACCUCACCAUUCCUUGGUGAUACAAAGCAGGAAACAUUGGCAAAUGUAUCUGCUGUGAACUAUGAAUUUGAGGAAGAAUUCUUCAGUAAUACCAGUGCUCUAGCCAAAGACUUCAUAAGAAGACUUCUAGUUAAGGACCCAAAGAAAAGAAUGACAAUUCAAGAUAGUUUGCAACAUCCUUGGAUUAAGCCUAAAGAUAGUCAACAAGCACUUAGUAGGAAAGCAUCUGCAGUAAAUAUGGAAAAAUUCAAAAAGUUUGCAGCCCGAAAAAAAUGGAAGCAAUCUGUUCGAUUGAUAUCACUGUGCCAAAGAUUAUCCAGAUCCUUCUUGUCUAGGAGUAACAUGAGCGUUGCCAGAAGCGAUGAUACUCUGGAUGAAGAAGAUUCCUUUGUGAUGAAAGCAGUCAUUCAUGCCAUCAAUGAUGACAACCUUCCUGGGCUUCAGCACCUACUGGGCUCUUUGACCAACUACGAUGUGAAUCAGCCUAACAAGCAUGGAACACCUCCGUUACUGAUUGCUGCUGGAUGUGGGAAUAUUCAGAUGCUGCAAUUAUUGAUUAAGAGAGGGGCAAGGAUAGAUGUCCAGGAUAAGGCUGGAUCAAAUGCAAUCUAUUGGGCUUCUCGACAUGGUCAUGUAGACACGUUGAAAUUUCUUAAUGAGAACAAAUGUCCUUUGGAUGUUAAAGAUAAGUCUGGAGAAACAGCCCUUCAUGUAGCAGCUCGCUAUGGCCAUGUUGAUGUGGUUCAGCUACUGUGCAGUAUUGGGUCCAAUCCAAAUUUUCAGGACAAGGAAGAAGAAACUCCUCUGCACUGUGCUGCCUGGCAUGGUUAUUACUCUGUGGCCAAAGCACUUUGUGAGGCCGGUUGCAGUGUGAACAUUAAAAACAGAGAAGGAGAGACUCCACUUUUGACAGCUUCUGCCAGAGGUUAUCAUGAUAUUGUGGAAUGCCUUGCAGAAUAUGGGGCUGACCUUGAUGCAACCGACAAGGAUGGACACAUAGCUCUUCAUCUUGCAGUAAGACGAUGUCAGAUGGAAGUGAUCAAAACCCUCAUCAGUCAGGGAUGUUUUGUUGAUUUCCAAGACAGACAUGGAAAUACUCCGCUGCAUGUGGCCUGCAAAGAUGGGAAUGUGCCGAUUGUGGUGGCGCUAUGUGAGGCCAACUGUAUUCUGGAUAUCACUAACAAGUAUGGCCGAACCCCUCUACAUCUGGCAGCCAAUAAUGGAAUUCUUGAAGUGGUCCGAUACCUUUGUCUCACUGGUGCUAACGUGGAAGCUUUAACAUCUGAUGGAAAAACUGCUGAAGACCUAGCAAGAGCAGAGCAACAUGAACAUGUGGCCAGUCUCCUUUCCAGGCUCAGAAAGGAUGCACACAGAGGACUUUUCAUCCAACAACUCCGUCCUACCCAAAAUUUACAACCAAGAAUAAAGCUGAAGAUGUUUGGCCAUUCAGGAUCUGGAAAAACCACUCUUGUGGAGUCUCUCAAGUGUGGACUCAUCAGGAGUUUUUUCAGACGUCGAAGACCCAGACUUUCCUCCACAAAUUCCACCAGGUUUCCACCUUCUCCCUUGUCUUCCAAGCCAACAGUAUCAGUGAGUAUCAACAACCUGUACCCUGGCUGUGAAAAUGUAAGCGUGAGGAGUCGUAGCAUGAUGUUUGAGCCGGGUCUCACCAAAGGGAUGCUUGAAGUGUUUGUAUCUCCUUCCCACCAUCCCCACUGCUCAGCCGAUGACCAGUCGACCAAAGCAAUCGACAUCCAGAAUGCCUGUUUGAAUGGUGUUGGUGAUUUCAGUGUGUGGGAAUUCUCUGGGAAUCCUGUGUAUUUCUGCUGCUAUGAUUAUUUUGCAGCAAAUGAUCCCACUUCAAUUCACAUAGUGCUUUUCAGCCUGGAAGAACCUUAUGAGAUCCAGCUAAAUCAAGUGAUUUUCUGGCUUAGUUUCUUAAAGUCACUUGUCCCUGUUGAAGAACCCAUAGCUUUUGGCGGCAGGCUGAAAAACCCACUUCGAGUAGUCCUGGUGGCCACCCAUGCUGACAUCAUGAAUGUUCCCCGACCUGCUGGAGGCGAGUUUGGUUAUGAUAAAGAUAUGUCAUUGCUGAAAGAAAUUAGGAACAGAUUUGGGAAUGAUCUUCAGAUUUCUGACAAGCUAUUUGUUUUGGAUGCUGGUGCUUCUGGAUCAAAAGACAUGAAACUAUUACGAAAUCAUUUGCAAGAUAUAAGAAGUCAGAUUGUUUCCGUUUGCCCUCCAAUGACACACCUGUGUGAGAAAAUCAUCUCCACUCUGCCCUCCUGGAGAAAAUUGAAUGGGCCCAACCAGCUGAUGUCUCUUCAGCAGUUUGUAUUUGAUGUGCAAGACCAACUGAACCCACUUGUAAAUGCAGAGGAUUUAAGGCAUAUUGCUCAGCAGCUCCACAGCACAGGAGAAAUUAACAUAAUGCAGAGUGAGACCGUACAAGACGUCAUACUCCUGGACCCACGAUGGCUCUGCACCAAUGUUUUGGGAAAGCUUCUCUCUGUAGAGACUCCCAAAGCCCUACACCAUUACAGGGGGCGAUAUACCAUGGAGGACAUUCAGCGUCUAGUACCAGACAGUGACGUAGAAGAGUUAAUCCAGAUCCUGGAUGCCAUGGACAUCUGUGCCCGGGACCUGAGCAGUGGGACCAUGGUAGAUAUCCCUGCCCUCAUCAAGACCGACAACUUGCACCGGUCCUGGACCGAUGAAGAAGAUGAAGUGAUGAUAUAUGGAGGUGUCCGAAUUGUCCCAGUAGAGCACCUCACCCCUUUUCCCUGUGGGAUCUUUCACAAGGUACAGGUGAAUCUGUGUAGGUGGAUUCACCAACAGAGCACUGAAGGGGAUGCAGACAUCCGACUGUGGGUGAAUGGCUCCAAAAUCGCCCACCGUGGGGCAGAGUUGUUGGUUCUAUUGGUCAACCAUGGGCAGGGCAUUGAGGUUCAGGUCAGGGGGCUGGAAAGUGAGAAGAUCAAAUGUUGCCUGCUUCUGGAUUCUGUGUGUAGUACCAUCGAAAACGUCAUGACCACCACUUUACCAGGCCUAUUGACAGUGAAACAUUAUCUAAGCCCCCAGCAACUGAGAGAACAUCACGAGCCCGUCAUGAUUUACCAGCCACGGGACUUUUUCCGAGCACAGACCCUUAAAGAGACCUCAUUGACUAACACCAUGGGUGGCUAUAAAGAAAGUUUCAGUAGCAUUAUGUGCUUUGGGUGUCUUGAUGUCUACUCUCAGGGUAGUCUCGGAAUGGACAUUCAUGCUUCAGACCUGAACCUCCUAACUCGGAGAAAACUGAGCCGCCUGUUGGACCCACCUGAUCCUAUGGGGAAGGACUGGUGCCUUCUUGCCAUGAACCUGGGUCUCCCUGAACUUGUGGCAAAGUAUAAUCAUGGAACUCAUAAGGACUUCCUUCCAAGCCCAGUCCAUGCUCUCCUCCAGGAAUGGUGCAGCUACCCUGAGAGCACUGUUGGCAUCCUGAUGUCCAAACUGAGAGAACUAGGCCGUCGUGAUGCGGCAGAUUUUUUACUGAGGGCAUCCUCUGUUUUCAAAAUAAACCUAGAUGCCAAUGGCCAAGAAGCCUAUGCCUCAAGCUGUAAUAGUGGAACAUCCUACAAUUCCAUUAGCUCAGUUGUGUCACGAUGAGAACAGCCAUGGGUAUGGGUAGAAAUUCUCUCUUCCUACUGCAGAAGGGAGAGGAGCACAGUAUCACAAUGGCUUCUGGAUGCGCUCAUUUAUAUGCUUAUAUACAAUCUUAUCCCAUGUCUUCCUUCCCCUUUGCCCUCCCCACUGCCUCCCUCUCUCACCAUGCCUUCUGUUUAAUGUGAAUCAUCUUUCGACCUUAAGAGCAAAAUGUUGCUUUUACUUUGGCCAUUAAAAAAAGCUGGUCUACCUUCAGUGUUUUCAAUUCCAUACCUAGUCCACCAAUGUACUGCUUCCUAUUGCUAAUUAAAUUGGAAUAGCCAACUUCUCAGUGAAAUUUUUAAAAAGCUAUCAUGUUGACUUUUAAAAAAUGUGCAUGUAUCAAAAAUGUGCAUUUCUUAUGCCAGUUUUAUUCCUUAAACCAUCUCCUUGGCUUAACCUUUUUUUUAUAAACCAUAAAUUGUUUCAUAUUAAGCAGUCUGUGGUCAGUAUAGUAUAAUACCACUGUAUAAUUUAUAAAUAGGAAUUUUGUGAGUGCCUUUUGCAGAAGAGGAUGUGUUUGGAAUCAUCAGAGCUGGCCAGGAAUUGUCAUAAAGAAAAUGCUACCUCUACGUCCCUAACUGCAUGCUGAUCAUUGCAAGUGGUGCUUCACCUCUGGUUUCCCUCCAGUUUUGAAGUGUUUUGUUUGACAAUAAACAGGGAGAGAGAAAAAAAAAUCCUUUCCUAGGAAAGUUUCAUGUUUCACACCUGUUGCUGCACAGAGUUGCGUGACACCAAUUUUGCUUUUGUUGAAAACUCAAUGUGGAGUUCCUCGUGAGCCUCUAAAUUGUCAUGCUUCAUUAUUCCCUCUCAUCUCAGGUAAAAGUCCAUACAGUUGUAGGAUGACCAAAACCCAUGUAAAGUAUGCGAUCCCACAGUGAUAUUCUGUAGCUUUCCAUCAUUACUGGUACAUAGCAGAUGGUUUUCAGCAUUCAGGCCCUGGUUUGCUUAUUUCCAGUACUUGAAGUGUGAACAACAAAAACAAUAAAGGAAGUUUUCCUGCAACGAUUUUAAAUUGUGAUACAUAGCUUUUAAAUUAAUAUGAAGAAAUAUGUCCUGUUCUGUCCUGAAAAGCAUGUAAUGUUAAUUGAUGGCACAAUAUAUAUGUGUAUAUACAUAUAUAUGCAAUGUGUGUAUAUAUAUGUAUAUAUAUUAAUACAGGUAUUUUUUCUUAAACUUAAAAAUGUAGUAAAUUUUAAAUUUUGUUUUGUCCUAAGGAGUUUUUGUUUUGUUGGGACUGUUUUUUGGUUGGGUCUUUUUUUGUUUGUUUUAUUUGGGGAUUUUUUUUUAAACAAAUAAAACUGUUGCUUGUUGCAUUAUUUUUGUUAGA